CACCAGUUUUCUGCGACCACCGCAUCUGGGUAAAACCGAGUCUUUAGAUUCCAGAAACACUUUUCGCGCACUCUCAGCUCUUCACUACUAUCAGAUUCGAUCUUGAUCGUCCAUCUCCACCACGAUCACGAUGAUGGCACACACGCACGGUUCAUAUCCAUUGUGACCUGUCAGGACUUAGAUUCUCGUUGAAACUAAACAAAUCCGCGCACAACCAAGUUCAGUGUUCUUUCUCUUUUCACACUCUUUCCACCUCUUUUUACUUCGUCGUUCGCCCACUCCACAGUCCGAAACAAAAUCUGCAAAAAAAAAAACAGAUAAACAACGAAGAUUCCGUAGGGAAGAACAAUGGCGUCCAGCGAUUCCGAUUCGCAGUUGAAGAUCGUCCAUGGCGACGCUGGUUACAUUCUCGAAGACGUUCCUCAUUUCACCGAUUACAUUCUAAAUCUUCCCACUUAUCCGAAUCCGCUUCGGUCCAAUCCUGCUUACUCGGUUGUUAAGCAGUAUUUCGUGCAUAUGGACGACACUGUGCCUCAGAAGGUUGUUGUUCACAAGGAUGGUCCAAGAGGUGUACAUUUUAGACGUGCAGGCCCUCGACAAAAGGUAUACUUUAGAUCGGAUGAUGUGCACGCAUGCAUUGUCACUUGCGGCGGACUUUGCCCUGGCCUCAACACUGUCAUAAGGGAAAUUGUCUGUGGUCUUUCUUACAUGUAUGGUGUUAACAAAGUCCUUGGCAUAGAUGGAGGUUAUAGAGGUUUUUAUUCCAAGAACACCAUUACUUUAACACCUAAGGUGGUCAAUGACAUCCAUAAGCGUGGAGGUACAAUUCUUGGGACGUCACGAGGGGGGCAUGAUACCAGCAAGAUAGUUGACAGCAUCCAGGAUCGAGGAAUUAAUCAGGUUUAUAUUAUUGGAGGAGAUGGUACACAGAGAGGAGCUACUGUGAUUUAUGAGGAAGUUAGACGGCGGGGCCUGAAAGUAGCAAUUGCUGGAAUUCCCAAAACCAUAGAUAAUGACAUCCCGGUUAUUGACAAAUCGUUUGGUUUUGAUACUGCGGUCGAGGAGGCUCAACGUGCCAUCAAUGCAGCACAUGUUGAAGCUGAAAGUAUUGAGAAUGGCAUUGGUGUUGUAAAGCUAAUGGGACGUUAUAGUGGCUUUAUUGCUAUGUAUGCUACUCUUGCUAGCAGAGAUGUGGACUGUUGCUUGAUUCCAGAGUCACCCUUCUACCUUGAAGGAAAGGGUGGACUUUUUGAAUUUAUUGAGAAAAGGCUGAAAGAAAAUGGGCAUAUGGUCAUAGUCAUAGCUGAGGGAGCAGGACAAGAUCUUCUUACUGAAAGCAUGCAAGACAUGGACCAGAAAGAUGCUUCUGGAAACAAACUACUUCAAGAUGUUGGUUUAUGGAUAUCUCAUAAGAUCAAGGACCACUUUGCAAGGAAGGAUAAGAUUGCCAUCAAUCUUAAAUAUAUAGAUCCAACCUACAUGAUCCGAGCAAUUCCAAGCAAUGCAUCAGAUAAUGUCUACUGUACACUUCUUGCUCAGAGUGCAGUGCAUGGUGCAAUGGCAGGGUAUACCGGAUUUACGUCUGGACUGGUCAAUGGAAGACAUACUUAUAUCCCAUUCAAUAGAAUCAUUGAGAGGCAGAACAAAGUUGUGAUUACUGACAGAAUGUGGGCAAGACUCCUUUCUUCCACCAACCAGCCAAGCUUUUUGAGCCCGAAAGAUUUAGAUGAAGCCAAGAAAGCAGAACAACCUCCGAGUCAAUUCUUAGAAGGGAGCAGUUGCAAUGAUAUUGGUGAAGCUGAGAAAAAAGAAAACACGUUCAGUCAAUUGUUAGAAGGGGACAAUUUCAAAGAUCAACAACAAUUUGAAAACCAUGCAGACAAUGGUAUCGAGACGAUAAAUUAGAUAUAGAUUUGUUUACCUACAAGUGUAUUUGGUGACAUGUUGUAUCAUUUUUACCCAAUGCUUACAACCUCCAAAAGCCUGGAGUACUGGGAGCAGUUCUUUUUAUCCUUUUCCAUGUUUUGAAAGUUGGUACGUCUUGCUUUACUUGAUCGUUAUACUAAGGAGAUUUUGUUGAGCUUUUAACCUAGAAUUGAUCAGAAUUAUUCUAUCAGGGGCUUGAAGGGACUAGUUUAUUUGCCUUUUGUUGUUCUCUCUCUUUUGGUUUUAUAAACAGUUUUACUGGAACGAGGUAUAAACAGACGCUUUUUUCA